AGGCGGGCGCUUUUGCUGACGUCUUUGAGCGCGCCGGAAGUGCCUGCUUAGGAGAGGGGCGACGAGCCGACGACUACAUUUGCGGGGUGUCCCGGCGGCCCGGAGUCGUGGCUUACAGAAGAGAUGAAAUGUGGUCUGAAGGACGAUAUGACUAUGAAAGACUUCCAAGAGAACGAGUACCUCCUCGAAAUCACCCCAGUGAUGGCUACCAUAGAGUAGUUAAUAUUGUGCCAAAGAAACCAUCACUGCUAGACAGACCUGGUGAAGGAAGCUACAGUAGAUAUUACAGUCAUGUUGAUUACCAAGAAUAUGACGAGGGCCGCAGUUUUUCUCAUGAUCGAAGAAGUGGUCCACCUCACAGAGGAGAUGAAUCUGGCUAUAGGUGGACAAGAGAUGAUCAUUCUGCCAGUCGACAGCCUGAGUACAGGGACAUGAGAGAUGGCUUUAGAAGAAAAAGUUUCUAUUCUUCCCAUUACACGAGAGACCGGUCUCCUCAUAAAAGAGACCCUCCUUUUAUCAGAGAAUCACCUGUAGGUCGGAAGGAUUCUCCACACAGCAGGUCUGGCUCCAGUGUCAGUAGUAGAAGCUACUCUCCAGAAAGAAGCAAAACGUACUCUUUCCAUCAGUCUCAACAUAGAAAGUCCAUCCGUGCUGGUGCCUCCUACAAACGGCAGAAUGAAGGAAAUCCAGAAAGAGGUAAAGAGAGACCUGUUCAGUCUUUGAAAACAUCAAGAGACACUUCACCCUCAAGUUCUUCAGCAGUUCCUCCGUCAAAGGUGUUAGACAAACCCAGUAGGCUAACUGAAAAGGAACUUGCUGAGGCUGCAAGCAAGUGGGCUGCUGAGAAGCUAGAGAAGGCAGAUGAGAGUAACUUACCUGAAAUUGAGUAUGAGGUAAGGCAUAGUUUCCCCUUGAUGUUUCACAUGAAGAGUUUUGUCUGGAUCUUAAAUUAUGGGUGGGAAGUGUUUGAUUUGUUCUAG